AUGCCAAAACGACCACACUCGCCUUCACUCAACUCUGUGCUUUCCGUAAAGCAUGUACAUACCCAUUCCGUAAAUUUUCCUAAUCGGCAUUCUGUUUCUAAUUUCGAUACCAUCUUGUCUGACGAAACAGUUUUGGGUAUCUUUGCAUAUCUUGACCCGUACCAUCUAUGUUUGGCUCGACUUGUAAAUAAACACUGGGACCGUCUGGCAACAGAUAAUCACCUUUGGAGGGUCAUGUUUCUAAGGGAGUUUUCUCGAAGCAGACUUCGUGGUUCUCGUGGGUUUGCUACUCAACCAAACCGUGAGAUUAAGCCUCUGCCUAGUAGGGCGCAGGCCCAUGGCGAAGGACAGAACUCGGACGAUUAUCUUCCCGAGAACUUUGUCGACUGGAGAUGGAUGUUUAGAGUGUCGAGCAAUUGGAGCAGAGGUCGCUGCACUGCAACAGUACAGCGAGGUUCCUCUCGCUCUGCGCUGGAACACAGCCUGCUGGCAUCGUCCAGAGAACCCUAUAGCAGCAUCACUGAGCACAUUAACUACUCAGACUCUCCCCAUGCUAGCCACGUGCUUCUAGUGGGUGAUUUGACUAUAUAUGCCUCUGGUCAAACUACACUUGCUCCUACAGUAUAUGUAUUUCGCGACGCCAUCAACUCUGGGCUACGAAUCCGAUAUGAACCAGCAUUCAAUGAGCAGGUGUUCGUAACUUCACUGUGCCUUGAUCAUAGCUCAGCCAACAUACGGCUGGCCAUUUUCUACUCUGAUCGCACUUGGGCUAUUCACACUGUCGACUACGAACGUCGUUGUUCAACUACCGACUUUACAUCCUCUCGUUCAAGAGACUUGGUGUCAAACACAACCAUUGUUAAAGCGGUGUUUCAUCAUCCUCUUCUCAUAACACUGUCGUCUUCCUUCCGAAUGUGCAUAUAUUACCUUCCAACUCCACCGGCGCCUCCUGUUUUGAAACACACGCUAUCAUCUUAUAGCGGGUUUGCUCCGCUGACAAUGACUCUUGCUCGUUAUCGAACGCCUGAUCAAUACCGGGUAUUACUUGCACACGCAAGUCCCAUCUAUCCUGCACAUUGGGGCCCAUCGGCUACAGACAUUAUGAUAUCAAUUCAAUCCAUCCUAAAUCCAUCUCAGUCAAACGCCCUAUCCCCAAUGACGCCGGGCGUGCGCAUUUUAUCUUCAUCUAGUACUAAUAGCCAACUUCCAGUCGGGUGGAUUCCAGAUGGUAGUCCCGAUGGUAUACCAGAAGAAUUACGCCUGCGUUGGCUACGCAAGGUAUCGUUUGUUGUAUUUGCAAGUGAUGACGGGGGAAUUCAGGUGUAUCGACUUCUACGUAAUGCGCGUCUGUUAUACGAACGUACGCUAUUUCCACCGGCACAUGCCCCAUCUCCCAGAGCCCUCAGUGUCGCGGACUCACGUUGCGUUUGUGCUACUAGAGAUGGUGGCCUUUGGGUAUGGGAUCUUGAAAGUGGUGUUGGUAUACGGGCUAUUGCCACCCAUUCUAGUCAAGUUUUCGAUGAACUCGAAGCAAACUCGACGGGGUCUGAUCGCGAAGAAGCACCUUUUACACCCAGUGGACCUCAUACGAUUGUUCGAAUUGCAUUUGACGCGCAUAAGAUUGUUGUUGUUGAUGAUAACGAUAUAUUGUACACAUACAACUUCGAUACAUAG